AUGGACUCGUUGUCGUGCUCGGGUGGCCCCGCAAAUGGCAUCGACGACGCCCAGGGUGCGCGAGGGGGGGGAGAGGACGUGGAGGGACGGAGAGCCCCUGUGGCACACCGCAUCGAUCACGUCGGCACGCGCUGUCGGGUUCGCUUCAUUCAGGACGACUUUUUUUGCCCGAUGUUCCGGGUGGAGGGGUCGCCCGUGUCGUACGUUCUUUUGGAUGAGGGGCCGUUCAGCAUCCGCCUUGACAGUGACGUUUACAUGCCAAUUGUAGCCAAAAUGGAGGUGAACGGAAGGCUGUUCAGCAGCGAAUACCGCAUCUUGGCAAACGGGAGCCGAAUUGUGAGGGAGAUUCACGAGCACCACAUCGCGACAAGGAGGAAUUUUAUGUAUCGUUCGCUUGUCGUCUUUGAUAACGUCUUGCAGCGGGAGGUCACGCCGGGAGAAAUGGAGUUGGAAACCGUGGAGGAGGCAGAUGAGUUCACAUCCCUGAUCCGCGUUCUCUUUCUUCCCGUGAGGGGAGGAACGACGGCAACGCGUGGGGGCUCGUGGAGAAUAAAUUACAAAAGGGAACCCUUAGCGGUGGAAAUGAUUCGCAUAGGGCACAGAGCUCUGCUUGCGAAAUUAUUUGGCGUCCAACUGAAUACGCUUGUGAAUUCGACGCAGCAGGCAUCGAUCAGUAAAGCAUCGUCAAUUAGCCGGCCACCCUCUCGGGGCGGAUCGCCGAUGUGCACGGGAACAUACAACUCAAGAAGGAUAAGAGGAAGCGACGCUAAUAUAUUUUUGCCUGUUCGUAGCAGAAGCAGUAUCAGCGUAAGCAGCAAGCCGCCCUCACGAUCCGCCAGCAUGGAGUGUGGAAGUCGAUUUCAGACAUCUUCGCCCACAUGUCCCCUGAAAUCACCCGGUGGUGUGCAGAGUCUUGGGUCGCAUGGGCGGCGUGCGUCAUCUGGUGGGAUUUGUCCCGCCGCGCGAUCUCCAUCGCCACGCGGGGGACGGAGUAAACCGGAGACGGAAACCAUGUCGACAGGAUCGCUUAAUUCACCCCCAUUGCCUUCUGUAUUAAGUAUCAAGCCAAUGCCUAGGGUCAAGCUUCCUCCACCGCUGCAUCCACAUUUAGGUGGGAGCAGUCGUUCUAGCAGCCCUGCUGUGGCGAGUAGAGGGAAAUUUUCUUCCAGCCUCCAAAGCCACAAUAUCCCUAACGGGAAGAGGGUUGUGGAAGAGACUGACCGCAACAAUAACUCUUACCAUAUUUGUGUAAAAUGCAACGCUGUAUUUGAUAGGGAACGUCUUCUGUACAACCAAAUAGUCACCCGCCUCAAGGAGAAGGUGUUUUCUCUCGAGCAGGAAAACGCAAAGCUGCGCAUGGGCUGCGGUGAUCCAUUUUUCGUUAUUCGUCGAACAGGCUCGGACGACCAAUCAGUGGAAACGUCGCGUGUCGAAGAUUUAGAUGCAACGCUUUCACCCUCACGCAUUGUAAUAUCAUGA